UGGAAGUUAGCUUCUUAACAGUAAAAUAUGUUAGCGAGAUAGAAAGCCAAAAGAAAAAAACCUCAAUGGGAGUCAUGACUGAGGACGAAGUCAUACAGAAGCAUCUCCUAAUUGAUGGAGAUGGCACUGGAGAUGAUCGAAGAAUUAAUCUGCUCGUGAAAAGUUUCAUUAAAUGGUGCAACUCUGGAUCCCAGGAGGAAGGAUACAGCCAGUACCAACGUACACUGAGCACACUGUCCCAAGGCGAGUUUUCAGUGGGCAAAACUUUGCUGGUAUAUGAUAUGAAUCUCAGAGAAAUGGAAAAUUAUGAAAAAAUUUACAAAGAAAUAGAAUGCAGCACUGCCGGAGCACAUGAAAAAAUUGCUGAGUGCAAAAAGCAAAUUCCUCCAGCAAAACAAAUACGAAAAAAUCGCCAAGAAUAUGAUGCUUUGGCAAAAGUGAUCCAGCAUCAUCCAGACAGGCAUGAGACAUUACAGGAACUAGAGGCUCCGGGAAAAGAAUUAGAGCAUCUUUCACAUAUUAAAGAAAGUGUUGAAGAUAAGCUGGAAUUAAGACAGAAACAGUUUCCUUUUCUUAGUACCGUCCAUGAACUUCAGCAAACACUGGAAAAUGAUGAAAAACUCUCAGAGGUAGAAGAAGCUCAGGAAACAAGCAUGGCAGCAGAUCCUGAGCCAUAGACAGGCUAAUUGCUCACCAUUCCCAAGAAUAUUGAAGUGGCAACAUGAUCUUAAUGUGUUUAGAAUUUGUAGUGCUUUGAGAUAUUUAAAGUUUUGGCAGUGAACCACUUUACUUUUAAAUAUUAAUAAUGCACAGUUCAUUCAUAUUUCUCCACACAAAGGAAAAUGACUUCAGUAUGGAUUUGUUUUUAUUGAAAUGCCUUUUUUUGUUGUGUGUGUGUGAAGAAGAUCAGCCCUGAGCUAACAUCCACGCCAAUCCUCCUCUUUUUGCUGAGGAAGACUGGCCCUGGGCUAGCAUCUGUGCC